GCCGGAGGGGCGGGGCGCCGCGGCCCGCGGGCAGCCGGGAGCAGGCGGAGCCGGCGUGGACGCGAAGGCCGCGGCGGGCGGCGACGCGGACCCCGAGAGGCGCCCGGCUGGUGGAGAUGGAGACAGCAGGGACGUAUCGGGUUCUGCAGGCCCCGGGGCCGUGCCUGGGCGCCCUAGGCCCCGCGGGUGUGAGCACGCUUGAGCCCACGCUCACCCCAGCAUCUGCGGCAUUGCACACAGCCCAUGCGCUCGACAAGCACCUGCACGUCCGAGUGAGGCUGCUGGACAACACCAUGGAGCUCUUUGCCGUCGAGCCCAAGCGCAACGGCCAGGUUUUGCUGACUCAGGUGUGGAAGCAUUUAAAUCUCAUAGAAUAUGACUACUUCGGGCUGGAGUUUCAAACAAUCCAGUCCUACUGGAUUUGGCUUGAACCUAUGAAACCCAUCAUUAGGCAAGUACGAAGGCCCAAGAACGCAGUGCUUCGUCUAGCAGUGAAGUUCUUCCCUCCUGACCCAGGCCAGUUGCAGGAGGAAUAUACCAGAUACCUGUUUGUCCUGCAACUGAAGAGAGACCUUCUGGAGGAGCACCUGCGCUGUGCAGACGCCACAGCGGCCCUCCUCGCGUCCCACCUCCUGCAGGCGGAAAUAGGAGACUAUGAUGAAGGUCUGGAUCGGGAGCACCUCAGAGCGCACGAGUACUGGCCCCGACAGGAGCGCGCGCUCGGCAAGAUCCUGGAGUUCCACCGGAGGCACGCGGGCCAGACACCUGCUGAGUCGGAUUUCCAGGUGCUUGAGGUUGCCCGGAAGUUGGAAUUGUAUGGCAUCAGAUUUCACACGGCUUCUGAUCGGGAGGGGGCCAAGAUUAACCUGGCCGUUUCCCACACAGGGGUCCUUGUGUUCCAGAACACCACCAAAAUUAACACUUUCAACUGGUCCAGGGUCCGUAAACUCAGCUUCAAGAGGAAAAGGUUUCUUGUCAAACUCCACCCAGAGGUCCAUGGACCUUACCAGGACACUCUGGAAUUCUUGUUGGGUAGCAGAGAUGAAUGUAAGAACUUCUGGAAGAUCUGUGUGGAGUAUCACACCUUUUUUAGACUUUUUGAUCAACCUAAGCCAAAGGCUAAAGCUGUCCUCUUCAGCAGGGGCUCCUCCUUCAGAUACAGCGGGAGAACUCAAAAACAACUAGUAGAUUAUGUCAGAGACGGUGGGAUGAAGAGAAUUCCAUAUGAAAGAAGACACAGCAAGACUCGGAUGUCUAUCCGCAUUCUGACUGCAGACUCCCCAAGACAGAGCAUCUCAUUCCCCGAGGGCAUGAGGACUUCUGCGUCCCCAUCUCCAGUGGAUGCCUCCUGUUUGGUCCCCACCACCCCGCCGGCCCCUCCAGGCCUGCCUGGCUUCCAGGGCAGCAGCGGGUCCAUGAGUGAGCUCCAGGCGCCAGACGAUAGGAGGUCAGCUGCUGAGAGGAGCGGCGGGGCAGCAGCCCGAGGCCCUGACACCUGCCGGGCCCCACCCCCCAGGCCCCCUGCGCUGCAGCCCUGUCAAGGUGUCGGGUUUUGUCAUGUCGUGAGGAGUUGCAGCCCCUUAGGCCUGAGUGCUGGGGGUGCUGGCAGAAAUGACCGUGGUGGGGGUGCAUUGCCCGCAUGCUCGUCCCCCUCCAACGUGGAGCACCUGUGUGGUGGGCAGGGCGGGGGGGUCCCCGCUUUCACAUUGACAACCACCCGGCUGCAGGUUUCUGAGGAGUUCAUAGACGAUGACCCGGCGGACAUCUCCUUCUUUGCCGGAGGCGCUGAAGCCUUUUCCCUCCCGUACUGCAGGCCGGCCCCACAGGCACCUGCGUGUGCUUCCCCGGGGCCCCCCGCCUCCGGCCUGGGCAGGUGUGCCUCUGAGGUGGGCCACCCGCACAGAGAGCAGGGCUUCGAGUUUGAGGAGGAGAGUGGCUUUGGUAGCAGCGUGCGCCCCUCAGACACCUCAGAGCUGUUCGAGGUGAAGGCGCAGGCCAGCCUGGCGCAGAGCCUGCUGAGCGCCUCGGAGGCCGGCUCCCUCUGCCACGUGCCGCUGCUCGGCGGCCUGUCUGCGCACACACCCAGCUCGGCCAGCCAGUCCGAGGCCAGUUCCAUGGCCAACUUCCCGGCCUGUUCGGUCCGCUCCGAGUCCAGCUCGGCCUUCCAGUUCUCCGACAUCAUCGACCAGUUAGAGCAGCUCAGCUGCCCGCCCACGACGGCCGAGGACUCCAGCAGCCCAGACACAGAUUCCUGGGGCUCCGAGGCCGAGGCCCCCCUAGACAUCAGGCUUUUCUUCAGCAACCCUUUUACACAGACAAGAGGGGAGAGAGUCAUUUUCGAUUUGCAGAAUAAUGUAAAGAAUUUGACUCCAGGAGAGUGGAUAGAUAAAAACCCAUCCCCUGGCAAGAGACUCAGCCCGUCGUCCUCUGAAGCUGGGAAGCCAGGCACUGACUUCUCCUCUCCAGCUAUGAAGGCCCCAGGCGGCGGCGGCUUCCAAGGAGGCUGUUUCGUCUACACUGGAAGUCUGGUGUUAGUGCGCGACCUGCCUGAACGAUCUCAGGUCUCCUGGCUUUCCUUCUGCGGGUUCCUCACCUCUCUCAGCCUCCACAGAGUCGAAGAGAGUCAGGAGUUGGCGGCUACAGAGCUGUUCGCCGGGAGUCCACCAGCCCACUGGACGGUGCAGACCAGCCCAGCCGUGGUGGGGCUCAUCGCAGAUGACCCCAUCUCCGAGUCUCCCCUUUGCUGUCUGAGGAUGAAGUCCGCCCGCAGCUCGUUAGGGACAAGGAGGGUUCUGGAGCGCCGAUCCAAAGAGCUGGCUUCUGGAAACCCUCUGCGCCAGGCCCGUAGCCGCAGCCCCCACCUGGUCCCCACAGAGGCUGUGAAGUCCGUGUUCAGCCUGGGAAAGGGCCUGGAGGCAGCGCGGAACACGCGCUCCAACGCACGCGGCCCGCCGUGCCCAGCUGAGCAGGGCUUGUCCCCACUCCGGAGCCCUGCCCACAGCAACACCGGCAGAGCCAGGAUGGACGCAGAGGAGCUGACGCCCGAGGUGGGGGGCCCCUCCAAGGCCAAGGACAGGCAGCGUGCACCCCUUGUGCAGCGGGAGCAGCCCCUGAACCACCAGGCAGGCUGGCGUGUGGGGCAGCUGGGCGAGGGCGUGGCUCCCAAAGCUGGACCCCUGCUCCAUGUGCAAGGCUCUGCAGCCGCCCCCACGCCUCAGGAUGUGGUCUUGGCCUGCAUGCGCGUUGGCCAGCUGGCGGGGCCCUUGGGCCCCCCGGACACUCUCUCAGAUAUGCUGCUGUACACGAGCAAAGGGGUGUCGGGAACCAGCCGCUUCCGGAUCCGGGGCCUGCUCCCGCUCCAAGGCAUGACGGUAGAAGGGAGAGAGAAUGAAUGGCCUAUUGCACACUGUCCCACCAUUCACGCAGCUCAGGAGACAAUCGUGGUGGCAUCCAGGUCAAGGGGAAGGGAGAAGGCGGGAGCCCAGGGCAGCCAGGGGCCCCCCCAGCGCUCGCCCUCCCCGUGGCCAGGCAUCCCUGGCCCCGCGCAGGGAGCAGCCUCUGUGUCCCCCUGGCGGGCGCCCAGCCCUCAGCUCCCCCACCGUGUCCUGGCCAAUGCCACUGGCUCUGACCCCCCACUCCCGCAGCACCAGCUGGAAAAAGAGAAGCAGAUGCGUGACCUGGCCACGGCCACAGAUGCAGCCAAGAACAGGGCUGCCAACUCUCUGGCAGUGUGCACCCCACCCCACAGCGAGUUCUGGCCAGGACCCCGCAAGACUCCCACAGCACCCGAGGAAGCUUCUGUACAUCGGUGUUCCUUGGCCACAGCCCACCCGCUGAGCCCUCAGGCUCUCCUUCCACAAGGGCCACCCCAGGCUGUACAGCGGGGAAGGGGCCGCAGGCUCUCACGCUUCGGCCUGCUGCUGCCCCAGGCACCAGGCUCUCUGGAGGGGCACAGCCAGCAACGGGCCACCACCACGGUGCACGUGUGUGGGCACGGGAACACAACCGUCUCCAGAGCCGACCACAGUGCCGCCGUCCUGAACCAGCUUUCAUGGUAUCUGCUGAGAAAGUUCAGAAACAGUCAUGGCUGGCAGAAGCUCUGGGUGGUCUUUACCAAUUGUUUGUUCUUCUACAAAACUCACCAGGACGACCACCCCCUGGCCAGCCUCCCACUGCUGGGCUACAGUGUGGGUGUCCCCCAGGAGGCCGACGGCAUCCACCACGAGCAGGUCUUCAAGCUCCAGUUCAAGUCACAUGUCUGCUUCUGGGCUGACAGCAAGUACAUGUUCAAGAGGUGGAUGGAGGUGAUCAGGAGAGCCAGCAGCUCGCCCGGGUGGGCAGGUGCCCAGAGGAGGUGGCAGCCUGAGCUAUCCUGCCUGGGUGGCAGAGCCCAGGAGGCCGGGCAGGGUCAGCACAUGUCCAUGGCUGCUCAUCCCCACAAUGACACACAGGAGCAGCAACACCACCUCAAGACCCAGCGUGGUCCCUCAGCCUGUGUGGCUGGGAACGCAGGCCCGCAGGCCAUGGCAAAGCUGGUGCUCACCUGUCCUCUCCUCCUCUGGAGCAGGGCCCUGCUGAAAAGCAGCCCAGAACGGACCAGUGGCCCCCAGCUUCCGCCACCUGACAUGCGCCCAAGCCCAGCCUCCCUGUCCUUCAUCUGGGUGAACCAGGGCUGGUGGCGCGGCUGGGCCGCUGUGCCAUCUGACAUACCUCUAGACAAGUGGAAACUGAAGUCCCCACAUGGCCCUGAGAGGGCGAGGGCCUUGAAGACAAGUGGUGUGCACAUGCACUCAUUCCUGUGACGUGUGGCCCAUAACAAAAGACAUCUCCCCGUGCCUGCGUGCCUUCUCUGUUUGGUCAGGGUCACCCCUGCCCCCGUCCUGCUCUCCUUCCAGUGGACCACGUGCUGUCACCAGGGGCUGUGAGGGACUCAAAAGCCAGGAACUGAGCACUCCAC